AUGAAUGUGGAUUUUGUAUUUGGUUUUAUAAAUGAGCAGGAGGUAAGGGAUUUAGACACAGACUAUAGUGACUCAAAUGAACUAAGGAGUUUGGAUAGUGAUGAUGAAGAAGAAGAAGAAGGCCCUUCCCAAAAAAGGAUAAGGAGGGAAGUAUUCAAUCCCAGGAUAGAUAUGGAAGAUCUAAUAUUCAAAGUUGGGCAAAUAUUUGAGUCAAAGAAGGUUUUGAAAGAUGCUAUUACUGAGCAUUUAGUGAGGCAUAAUAGGGAGAUCAAAUAUUUGAAGAAUGAUGCUAAGAGGUUGAGAGCUACUUGUAAACAAAUAUGCUCAUGGAUUUUGUAUGCAACAAAGCAAGAGGAUAAGUUAAGCUUCGAAAUUAAGACUUUUAAAGGUGGUCACAACUGUAGUAUGGUGUACAAAAAUAGGAGAGUAACUCCAACAUACUUGGCAGGCAAGUAUGCUUCUGAUUUCAGGGUUGAACCUAACAUGACAUUCGGUGGAUUUAUGGAUAAAGUUAAGAAAGCCAAUUUAGGGGACAUAUCUAUAUGGCAGUUCUAUAGGACAAGGGAAAAAGCAAUGGAGAAGAUAAGAGGGAGUGUUGUAGAGCAUUAUAGGGUCUUGGUUGACUAUUAUCAGCAAUUAAGGUUGACAAAUGUUGGGAGUACAAUUCAAUUGGAAGGGCGUGCAGGAGAAUUCAAGAGGCUUUACAUAUGUUUAGGAGGAUUAAAGGAAGGUUUCAUUAAUGGAUGCGGGAGAGUGAUUGGGAUGGAUGGUUGUUUUCUCAAAACAGAACAUGGUGGGCAGUUGUUAACUGCAGUUGGGGUUGAUGGCAAUAACAUAAUGUAUCCAGUUGCCUAUGCAAUGGUGGAGACUGAGAAUGGAGAAAAUUGGAGUUGGUUUUUGACAUUGCUGAGAGAUGACUUAAGGAUUCAUGACUCCCAUGGAUGGACAUUCAUUUCGGAUAAACAGAAAGGGCUGGUAAAUGCAAUUGGAUCACUCUUUGAACAUCCAGAGCAUAGAACAUGCAUUCGUCACUUGUAUAACAAUUUUAGUGCUACUCAUAAAGGCUCAGCUUUAAAAAAUUGUUUGUGGGAUGCAGCAAGAGCAACAACAAUUCCAAAAUGGUUAGAACACCUGCAAAAGAUGUUGGAUUUGGACCCAGCUGCAUAUGGAUGGCUUGAGUUAAAACCAGCUUCUCAGUGGACUAAAUCACACUUCCAAGAAGAGACUAGAUGUGACAUGUUAUUGAACAAUCUAUGUGAAUCUUUCAAUAGUACAUUACUUAAUGCAAGAGAGCAUCCAAUAUUGACGAUGCUAGAAGAAAUUAGGGUGUAUUUGAUGAAAAGCAUUGUAAUCCGAAGGGAAGCUUGUGAAAAAUGGAAUGGAGAAAUUGGGCCUAGAAUUCAAAAGAUAUUAAACAAGAAUGGUGAACUCACAAGGAGAGAGUAUGCAGAUUACUCCGACAAUGGAAAGUUCCAAGUCAGGCAUAACAUUGGAACCCUAAAUGCAGUAGAUAUCAAAGCAAAAACUUGUUCUUGUCGAGUUUGA